AUGGCCGUCUCCCAGUUCAGUGACGAAGUUCAGAUAGUUCUGAAGGCAAUCGACCCGCCGGAUCCGCUUUGUAUUCCCCCCUUGAGCGAUCGUUACCUGCUUCUUACCAAGGAGAAGCCGACCCUUCCUAUCGGAAGGACGAGCAAGAGGGACUCGAGGCUAGAGGCAGCUCGCAACAACGCCUGGAUUGAUUCAGCCGUCAUGUCACGAGCCCACGCCCUCCUCAAGUUCGAUGUCGAUCAAAGGAAAGUGUUCGUCAAGGACGUUGGAUCUCUGCAUGGAACCUUUUGCAACGGCGUCCGUCUUGCCAAGAAUCAACUGCAGGCUCUCGAACAGGGCGACACACUCAGAUUCGGCGUCGCCGUCGAGAGGAGCAUGCAGGCAUUCCCGCCGUGCACCAUGCGAGUCCUCAUCAUUCAUGGGACUGAAACGCGACCAGAAAGCAAGCCCGUGGUCUUCCGGGUUCCCGACGACACCGACAUCGAAGACAUUGCCAGCGAUGAUGAUUUCAGCAUCCGGACUAGUACCAGGUUCUUACGCGAGAACGGUUUCUACCCAGCGCAGUCGGCAGAGACCAAGGCUGUGGCGAUUGACCUCACUUCCGAAGAGGAGGACAAUGAGUUCAAUUUCAACGACCUUCAGGUUAUUGAGGGUCAGCGGGUCGAGCCCGAAGAAUGGGAGAGCUGCAGCUCUGUCGUAUCGCCUGCUACAUCCUCGGUUCCAGACCCUCGUGCAUUGAAUUCAAUUAUGACCACACCGGCUGCAGCACCCGGAGAAGGGCCGGUUCCCGUCCUCGACGGUGGCGAGGAAGUCGACGGUGACAGGGAAGCCGACGGAGACGGGAAAGCCGACCGGGACGAGGAAGCCGACCGAGACGGGGAAGUCGAUGGUGACGGUGAAGUCGAUGGUGACGAGUCGGUUGAUUUGGACGGGCCGCUUUGCUUUGACCUAGCCGCUGCAAAUCUGCCAGCUGGUCUGCCCAGCCUUAUUGACGACUGCGAUGACGUCGGCUUGGAACGACCAAAGGCUGUAGCCGUGGAAGAGGUGGUCGUGGCCAGAGACUCGGUGCCACCCACGCAAAACUGGUUUGAUCCUGACAGCACCAUGAUGUUCAGUUCGCCUGCAGCGCAAUCAUACCAGUUUGAGCUGAGCAAGAAGGCUGCGGCGGCGAAUGCAGCGGUCUCUAAACAGACGCGCAUCGAAGCCUGCACCUGUGCCAGACCAUCAGGCGAUCAAUCUUCGCAUAAGAGAAAGGCGGAAGACAUUUCGGAAUUGACACCGGAAGAGGAGACAAUUGGAACCGAACAAUCCAAAGAGCCAGCUUGCACUCCACCCAACCCAGUCAUCUGUUCGGCCCAUGCGAGCUCGUGGAAAGCCCUUGUGAACGAGGCUGAGGGCUCACGCGCAACCAAGCGCCUCCGCAGAGCUGCAGAAGUCUUCGGGUAUGCGGCUCUAGGAGGCGUUGCAGUCAUGUCUGCCUUGAUCGCUACCGCACCAGCCCUCUGA